AUUAUAGAACUCAAUGGAAAAAACCAAAAAACAUAGCGCGCGCCAUUUUGUUUUGUUAUUGGAGCGAAGAUAUUUUACAGUACCCUGUAUCAGUAUUUUUUAUGAAAUAUUAAACACAUAGGGGUUUCACCUCUUAUUUAUGCAAUCACACAUGUCUCAUAAACGCAGUAAGCUGAGUAAACCAACGAUUGAUGAGCAGCUGCUGUCUGCAAUAAGCAAUGUCAAUGCUCUUACAAAUCAAGGUGUUCGAAGUAGAAGUAAAACUAUUAAGAAGAAAAAUGCCAGUAGAGAUAUAGUUCUUCAAAGAAACGAAGAUGGCGAACGGAUUAUUCACAAGCCGAGGCAAAGCACUCCGAGCAAUAGAAAUACACAAAGAGAUGAGGAAAUGCCUACAACAUCGUCAGAUUUACAUGAUGUUCCACAGGAAAUGUUAUGUGAUGACAAUGUUACUGAGAGAGAUCUUGAAGCCAUUCUUGAAAGCUGUCAGUUGGUUAUUGGAGAAGUGGAUACUGGGCCAUCUGCUUGGCAAAAAAGAAUGGAAAAUCGAGAAGAAAAUUGGGAAAGUAUGAGGGAAAAAAUAUUCAAUGUCACUGUGUCAUCAUUUGCUCCUCCUUUAUCUGCUAUGAAGUGUUGUAGAUGCAAUGAAAAUGAAGCUGUACUGAGAUGCAGACAAUGUGGUGUGUUGAGAUAUAUUUGUCGAGAAUGCAAUGAUGAUGUCCAUGAGAAUAAUCCUCUCCAUGAUCGAGAAGUGUGGUUGGAUGGUUAUUUUCAAUAUAUCAAGCCAACACAAUCCAUUUCAUCUGAUGGAAAGAUUUGCAGCAAUGAUCGAUCAUGUCCCAUCCUUUAACCAUCAUCAUGUCAGUUGUGUAAUGAACCUAUCAUCAAAACUACCAACAGUUCUCUUGUGAUUAUGAUCACUUGUGAAGGACGAUUUGAUCUUAAUUGGUUCACUGUACAUUGCUCAUCUUGUCAAUGGAAGUGGUCACCAAUUUCUGUUGACAGUAUAAUUGAGAGUGGCUGGUGGCCUGGUAGCCCUGAAAAUUUUCUUUACAUAUUUAGUCAAGAUGUCUUUAAUUUGUGGGAUGCAUUUAGAAAGAGGAUGCCUGGGUCAUCACAAUCUGCUUUUGUAAGAAGUUUGGAAGAUAUUUCCAGCUCUAGAGGAAGGGAAAAUGUUAUCAAUUCAGUCACAUUCAGAAAAUCAUUUGCUGAAUGGAGCUAUUGCCAACAUGAAAUUGACCUUCUUCAUGAGCAGACAUGGAAAAAUUGCCCUCCUUAUAGUAUUGAUCAACAUUCAUGUCAUAUUGAUGGAAAUCAAAAAGUGUACAGAUUCAGCAAAGUACCAAGGGGUCCGGUCCAGUGUUAUUAUCGUGAUGUAUUGAUUGCAAACAAUAGUUUUGUGGACUCGCAUUUAAAACGUCUUGGUUCAAAGUCAAUUCAGGUAAUGUGUUAUGAAGUAGGAUUGAAAGGUAGUAAUCUAUUAUUAGGUUAAAGCAUUUUUUAUAGAAUGAAGAUAAUUCUUGUGGCGACACCCAUUGGAAAGCUGCAAAAUGGUCUCCAAAU